UCGAGCUUAAACGAAGAGACCGAAGGGACCUGCAUUGUAAAGUGAAAAUCUAAAAGCAAAUAUAGAUGGAACACUUUCUAAGAUGAGUGGAGUGUCGUUUGUUUCAGAGACAGAAAUAGACGAAAUACGUCAAAAAAGACAGGAAGAAUGGGAAAAAGUGAGAAAAGAAGAUGACCCAUUAGAAUGUCCUGAACAAGUCCAUGACAAUAAGACCUUGUAUGAGAGACUACAGGAACAGAAACAGAAAAAGCAAGAUGAAUGGGAUGAGCAGCAUCAGCUAAAGAACAUGAUACGAGGCCUUGAUGGCGAUGAGACAGUGUUUCUUGAUUUAGUUGCCAAGCAGCAAGAGGAAAUUGCCAAUAGACGAUUUAAUGAAGAGUCACAAGAGAUUAAAGAAUAUAGGGAUGCAGUUUCUCAGUUUCAGAGCACAGUAGUAGCUGUGCCCACAAACAUCAAGUCACCAGGGUCAGCAGUAUCAAACAGAAAACCCUCUCAGGAGUCUGGGACCAAAAAGAGUCAGUUGCAGCUUAUAGCAGGAGCAAUAAAAAGAAAAAGCAGCACUAGCAGUCAGAAUUCACUGGAAAAGAAGUCGAAAACGUGUGAUGAGGAUGCAAAAAACCAUAAAACAGACGUGUGCACGGCAGAAGUUCAUGCGCAGGAAAAUGUACCUUCUGGGAAAUCCAGCACAACUUCGGAAGAAGAUGAAGUUCUUAAAAGCAAAACUGGUACUCCUGUGAACUAUGAGACAAAGUCUGAACAGUAUCAAGAAAAGCAGGCUAAACCGGUUAUUCCAGGACUUGGUGUUUAUUCAGACUCUAGCGAUUCAGAGACCUCUUCAAUUGAAUCAUAACAUGGCUCAGCCGGCCGUAAUACAAUGAAGCUUGUUGUCAGUGAUGGAAAAACAACGCUUCGUUAUUCGUAGACUGAGUCACUUUAAAUGGAACGUUAGCGAUGAGCUUUCACCUUCAGCGCUACAGUACUGAAGAAAGUCUUGCUCCAAGAAUAAGCGACUUCUUCAAGUGACUCACAACGUCUUAGUUGUAAUGAAAAUAGCUUUUUGUCAAUAAUGAGCUGGACUUGGCGUUAGCGAUUUAUGGAAAAGAAUCACUGCGAUUAGGUAUGUGGCAAGUAAACUUGUCGUUCGCCGUAGAAGAGUACACUAUUGCAUUAUGUACGGAAGUGAUUUGGACAGUUUGUUCCUGUUUUUAGCACUGGCUUAGCCACCAGCGUGACGGGAAGAAAACGAAGACAGCGCAGCUAAAAUAGGUAGAGGGCGGUGGAAAUGGAAUGUACUAAGAACUCAUUUCCCUGAAAUAGAUCGACUCCUUCUGACACCGAACGAUUUCAAAUUAGCAUAGACUUGAAAUUUUCAAGUUUGUCAAAUUUUGAUGGCUCAUCGAUAUUCGACUAUUUCUGCUUUUUUCUCUCAUUGUGACUGUUAGUAACAAUUCUGAUAAGCUUUCGAUUUUAAGGGAGCAAUUUUACAAUAUAGGAAUUGAAUUAGCUAGCUUUUAUUGUGAUGUAGAAAUGUACCUACCCUGGUGUCAGGGGUUUCCUGUUUUCGAUUUCGUAAAAAAAAAAAAGAAAACCUCCGGGAGAAAACCCCAA